AUGGAAGAAAUAUUAAACAAUUACCCAAAUGUUUUUCAACUUCACAAGUAUAUAAAAGAAAACAUUAAAUUUAUUAAUGAUUAUAAAAUUAUCAGAACAUUAAGUCAAGGAAAAUUAAACAAAAUAAUAUUAUGUGAAAAAGAUAAUAAAUUGUAUGUACUUAAAAAAUAUAAUAAAAAAUGGUUAGAGAAAAAAAGAGAUUUUUACAAAAAUACUAAUAAUAAAGUUAUUUUAAAAUCUAAGUUUGAUGAUUUAAAAACAGAAUUACAAAUUUUAAUUGAUAUAAAUAAUGAAUAUUGUUUAAGUUGUGAUGGAAUUAUAACAGAUUAUAACAAGAUUUAUGUUCUAAAUGAAUAUAUGGAGAAUGAGAGUAUAUUAAAAUUUGAUGAGUUUUUUUAUGUUUUAGAUAAAGAAGAAAUGUUUUUUAUUCCUAUAGUUGUUAUAAAAUGUAUAAUUAAAAAUAUUUUAAAAUCUUUCCUAUACAUUCAUAAAACAAAAAACAUUUGCCAUAGAGAUGUUAAACCUUCUAAUAUUUUAUUAAACAAAAAUGGCAGAAUUAAAUUAUGUGAUUAUGGAGAAUCACAAUAUAUGUUUAAUAAAAAAAUAAAAGGAACAAAAGGUACAUAUGAGUUUAUGCCACCUGAAUUUUUUUCUAAAGAAUCCUGUUACGAUGGUGAAAAAGUGGAUAUUUGGAGUUUAGGAAUAUGCUUAUAUGCUUUAUUUUAUCGUGUUUUGCCAUUUAGAGCGAAGAAUUCAUUAAUUCAAUUAUUCAAUGAUAUAGGAAAAGGGGAAAUUGAAUAUCAUAAAGAUAGAAAUUAUUUUUUAUUUCAAUUAACAAAAAAAAAAUGUGAUUGUUCUAGUAACUCCUUAACAAACGAAGAUAUCAACUUUUUGAAAUGUAUUCUAAAAAAAAAUCCAAAUGAAAGAUAUACUUCUGAACAAGCAUUAAAAAAUAAUUGGCUUAGUGACGUAAAUUAUAAAUACAUUGAAGACUAUUCUAAAGAAAUUUAUAAAAAAAAAAAUAAAUUAUAA